AUGGAGCACACAUACCCUAUGCAGCAGGCUCAGCCCUCGUGGUUCGUCUAUCAGCCAGCGAACAAUCCACAGCAUCGACAGCAUGGCCAUUUCAUGCCAUCACCGAACGAGCAACACAUCUACAACGGUCACAUGCAACACCAGCACGGUAUGCUUUAUCAACAACCAUAUACAGCCCACCAGGUUCAACAUCAGCAGCAGCAGCAGCAGCCGCCAUUGCACCCAAAAUCUGCGUUCCACGGAAACAUGGCAAUGACCCCAAUGGCAUCUCCGCAACCACGUCAACUAAAGCCUUCAAUGCCUUUCAAGCAGGACUCAUCGCUGUACCACUUGGAUACAAAUGUAUAUUGCAUUGGUUCCUCACACUCGCCAUCCACUCCACCGCUAUCGACUGCCGGAAGCACGAUCAGCAGCCCACCCUCGACUUCGAUCCCUCUGUCGACACCCGUGAACGGACCACAUUUCGGGUUCCAGCCGUACGAAGUGAUCAAGGAGAAUCGCGAAGUAGAUCUAUAUGCAGAGAGCUUUGCCAAUACUGACUGGAGCCGCUCAAACUCGCCACCAAUGACACCUGUUUUCAUCCACCCGGCCUCGGUGUCUAACCAGCUAGAACUGCCCGAGCUCUUCUCCGCCAAUGUCUCCUGUCCAUCUCUCUCACCUUCUCCCUCGCCAAUUCCAUGCUCGACUCCACAAUCUUCAACUUCCUCGAACUUUGAUUGUUGUGAUCCUCGACAUCUUACUGUUGGAUCUGGAGAACCGGCCAUCACAGUCUCGCAUCCACCUGAGUUCCCUCCAUUGCCCACUCUUGCCUUUGAAGACGAAGAACAUAAGUUUGCGCUUACAGGAGCCUUGCAGACUCCAGUCACGAUUGAACCUUCCUUCACCUGCACGCUUGAAGAGACACAAACUGCGCUCCCUACUUUCGAGCCACUGCUCGAAUCUGACUCGGAGGACGAAUUCAAUCCGUUCAUUGCGUUCACAACCACCGGCGACAACGUUGUGUAUAACGGAGACAAGAGACAAAGAGUCGUUUCAUUUUCUGAGGAGGACGAAUUUUUAAGCGAGAGUUUCGACGACUUGGAGGAAGACGAAAGCUUUGCAGUUGCCAGCUUUCCCUCACCCCCUGCGGAGACUGUGAUGAACAUUACAAAGUCCAAGAAGAAAUCCCCACGCAAGCUCAAGAAGGCAUCUACUCCCUCUGAAAGUGGUUCAGACUACGUCGAUUCCGCCAAUAUGGCGUCUGGUGGUGUCGCCAGCCGAACCAGCGGUCAAGACCACGCAGGCUCCUCCCAACCAGCAGGCUCUUCAUCCGCUCCGAGUCAGACAAGUUCAAAUGACGGUCAUGCUGUCGCUUCUAGCUCGGACGCCCAAGGCCAAACACCUGCUCCUGUCAAUCGCCGUGGCCGCAAGCAGUCCUUGACCGAAGAUCCAUCAAAGACGUUCGUUUGCACUCUUUGUUCGCGUCGCUUCCGCCGUCAAGAACAUCUCAAACGUCACUAUCGAUCUCUCCACACACAUGACAAGCCGUUUGAGUGCAACGAAUGUGGCAAGAAGUUCUCCCGAAGUGAUAACCUUGCUCAGCACGCCCGCACUCAUGGCAGUGGCGCCAUUGUUAUGGAGGUCCUUGAGCACGGAGAGAUUCCACCACACAUGGCAUAUGAUGAAGAAGGUCGUCCUGCUCUGGGCACCGUUCUUUUCGAAGCAGCCCAGGCCGCCGGUGCACAGUCAACAAGUAGCAGUGGUUCCGAAUCCGGCCGCUCUCUUCACAGCUUAUCACCAGCAAGUGAUGGUAGGAAAGCACUCAAGAAGAGAAAGCGAGAAGACUCUGAAUAG